AUGGCUGAAACGGAGACAACUACGCAGUUUCCUCCCCCUGUGGGCAAUAUCAACUUUCACGACAAUGUGAAGCAGACAGAGAUGCGGAGCAACAGUGACGCGCAGUCUCACUUCUACAACACGGAGCUUGCGCGUGUCACAUCGCACAUGACACACGACGAGCGUGACGCUGCUCUGAAUGCUGCGCGUUUUGGCUAUGGCCCCCUGUCCCACCUUUACCCGGCUAAUGGCGAAGGCAUGCACCGGCCAUUCGGCGGUGAGAUGCAGCCUGGUUUGUUCAAAAGCGUCGAGGAGCGCAAGCUUGCCAACCCUGCCCCGCUUGGUCUGAGUGCUUUCGCCCUCACCACGUUUGUUUUAUCUCUCAUCAACUUGGGUACUCUGGAUCUUACGAGUUCGGCGAUUAUUAUUAGCCUUGGUUUUGCUUAUGGUGGUUUCGUGCAGAUUUGCGCUGGUAUGUGGGAGAUGGCUGUGGGUAACACGUUCGGUGCUACUGCGCUUACGUCGUACGGUGGCUUCUGGGUCUCAUUCGCUAUUAUUUUGACACCAGGCGGUUUCCAUGUCAUGGAGCAGUUGAAGGCGGAAGAUGGCGAAGCCGGUGUUCUUAACAACUUGGGUCUUUAUCUCUUUAGCUGGUUUAUCUUCACUUUCCUUCUUCUCCUGUGCACACUCAAGUCGACCGUCAUGUUCUUCCUACUGUUCUUCCUGCUUGAUCUCACAUUCCUUUUGCUCGGCUGUGCUUACUUGCGCCACAGCGGAGGUGCCCCUCACACUGGUCUUCUCAGGGCAGGUGGUGCCUUUGGUGUUUUGACAGCCUUUGCUGCAUGGUACAAUGCAUACGCUGGUAUUGCCAACGACAGCAACACAUUCUUGGUUGUGCCUGCGAUCUACUUCCCUUGGAGUCCUAACGCUCGUAAGGUAAAAGCCGACAAGAAGAUCGGCGAGGACGCGGUUUAA